UUGGGAACAAACGGGUUUCUCUUACUCCAUCUUCGAUUCAACCGUCCUCUGAGGAAACACGCCAGCUGCUCACUCCUGUAGGCGCUGACAGCAUUAACGCAGCAUUCCGUCUACUUUAGCCGUAUCCGUUGCUUAGAAGCUGAGCUCGACGCGUGGUUGGACGUACCAUGUCAGACAUAGGAAUCGUCAACGAAACGUCCAUCUUGGGCGGAAACAGUACAGGGAAUGGCACGGUGUUCGGACUGCCGCUGAACCUGGUCGAGACGGAGCGCGGGUGGUGCUUGUUUGUGUCGUUCGUGUGCGCGUUGGUCGCGUCGGGGCUGACGCUGUGCAACAUGUAUCUCCACCUUCGCGCGUACACUCGACCGAACCUGCAGCGCUACAUCCUUCGUAUCUUGAUCAUCGUGCCGUUCUACGCGAUCGGGUCGUUCCUGUCGUUCUGGCUCGUGCACCAAGCCAUCUACUUCAACAUCCUCCGCGACAUCUACGAGUCGUUCGUUGUGUACAGCUUUUUGGAGCUCGUGCUGUCGUUUGCCGGCGGCGAGUCGACUUGCGUGUCCAAGAUGGUAGGGGAGAAGGAGCUGGACCAUCCGUUCCCGUGCAACUUCUGCUUUCCGCCGAUGGCGCGGGAUGGCCGCCUCCUUCGUGCGUGCAAGAAGGCCACGAUCCAGUUCGUGUUAAUCAAGCCCAGCAUAGCGCUGCUAUCGCUGUUCAUGCUCGCCAUCGACGCGUACAACUCGACGGGGUACCAGUGGUUCCUCUGGGUUGUGUACAACGGCAGCUACUCGAUCGCGUUGUACGGGUUGCUGGUCUUCUACCUCGCGACCAAGCACAUCUUGGCGCCGUUUUCACCCGUGCUCAAGUUCUUUGCCGUCAAGAGCGUCAUCUUCAUGACGUUUUGGCAGUCGCUGAUGAUCUCUAGCUGCCCCGACAUUACCGUCGAGCAAGCAUUCGCAUGGAAUGACUUUGUCUUAUCCGUGGAAAUGGUGCCCGUGGCCAUUCUGUACAUGAUUUCGUUUGGCGCGCGGCAGUUUCAAGUGUCCCAUCAUCAUCGGGGGGCGGCGGGGGACGGCGACGGAAAGCUGCCAUUGCCGUCCCCCCCUCAUCCCCCCGGCAGCACCCGCAGCGACGACGCCGCCGCCGCCGACGACGACGUCAACGACGAGGACAAUGGGACCCCCCACGCCGCCGGCGAAGUCGUGCGCCACAUGAAGGAAGUGCUGAAUGUCAAGGACAUCGUCGCAGAUGCGUUCCAUAACUUUAGCUCGUCGUACCAGGACUACAUGCUGCAGCGCGCGGACGACGACGACGACGACCUAGAAAAGGGCGGCGACGUCUCGAGCAGUUCGAUUCUCGAUGCGCCGACGCCGACGCCGGACGACGAGAUGGAGGCGGUGGCGGCAGCAGCGAUUCCCGCCCCCGACCACCCCCACGAAGACGAGUACGAGGCGCCGCCAAUCGAAACCUGCGCGGUGGAAGUGGUAGCAGUCGAAACCGUAUCGCAGACGACCCCCCUGUCGCCUGUAUCGUCAUCAUCCUUGUCUGGACUUGCCAUGCGAAAAGCCAGCACAGGAAGCAACAGCACUAGUAGUAGUCAGAGGCGGAGCAGCUGCGACGUGGACUCGCCGCCCCUGCGACAGGAGGCGAUUGCGAUGCCGUUCUCCAUGUCGGACGACGACGAGGACGAGACCCUGCUCGUGUCCCCUCGGAGAAAACAAAGCGACAAGGCGAGUUUGCUCAAGUAGCCAUCAUGAUAGGAAAGUAAUAUAUUAAUAGCAAGAACAAUAGGGUAGGGUUGGUUGGCCAUAUGCGAUGAUGUUGCCAAGAUUGGGACGCAUAUGCUCCCAUGAGGAAUCCAUGUACGGUGUCGCAUGGAGUUCCAAGGUGAGGGGGGUCGCAAAUGCGACAACGC